AUGGAGAGAUAUUUUGUGUUCAUUGCUACUUUUUUGCUUAUACUUCAUAUUGUUCAAGCUCAAAAUCCAACCGGAUUCAUUAAUGUGGAUUGCGGUUUGGCCUCUCGCGAGUCUCCUUACAAGGCACUCCCUACCGGUUUAACGUAUACAUCGGAUGCCGGUUUAGUUAACACCGGGAAAACCGGUAGAAUCGCCAAGGAAUUCGAACCGGAUUACAAUAAGCCGACUUUGACGUUGAGAUAUUUUCCAGAUGGAGUACGAAACUGCUACAGUCUUAAUGUGACCCGCGACACCAACUAUCUCAUCAAGGCCACAUUCGUAUAUGGAAACUACGAUGGUCUUAAAAUCGACCCGAACUUCGACCUUUACUUUGGUCCGAAUAUAUGGACAACGGUGAGUAGUAAUGAUACUAUAGAGGAGAUCAUUCAUGUGACAACAUCAAAUUCUUUACAAGUUUGUCUUGUUAAGACGGGAAUAAGUAUACCUUUUAUAAAUGUCUUGGAGCUACGACCAUUGAAGAAAAACGUGUACGUUACUCAAAGCGGCUCGCUGAAGUACUUAUUCAGGGCGCAUCUUAGCAAUUCCGGUCGUUCUAUACGGUAUCCUGAUGAUAUCUAUGAUCGUAAAUGGUAUUCAUUUUUCGUGGACAAGUCAUGGACACAAGUAACUACGACUCUAAAUGUAAAUGCUACGAAUGGUUAUGAACUACCAGAAGGUGUAAUGGCAACGGGGGCAACACCACUAAACGCUAACGAAACAUUGAACAUUACAUGGACCAUGGAGCCUCCUAAUACACAGUUUUACUCCUACAUGCACUUUGCAGAGCUUCAGACUCUACGGGCCAACGAUACAAGGGAAUUCAAUGUGACACUAAAUGGAAAAUAUUCAUAUGGACCUUAUAGUCCGAAACCGCUAAAAACUGAAACAGUACUCGACUUACAACCAGAGCAAUGUGAUGGAGGAGCAUGCAUUUUGCAGCUUGUUAAAACGCCAAGAUCAACUCUUCCGCCUCUACUAAAUGCUAUCGAGGCUUUUACCGUGAUUGAUUUCUCUCAAUUGGAAACAAAUGGAGAUGAAGUUUCUGGUAUCAAGAAUGUUCAAAGUACUUAUGGAUUGAGUAGAAUCAGUUGGCAAGGAGAUCCUUGUGUCCCUAAACAGUUUUUGUGGGACGGUUUAAACUGCAACAACUCGGAUAUUUCUACACCACCAAUAAUCACUUCCUUAGACUUAUCUGCAAGUGGAUUAACUGGGAUCAUCACACAAGCCAUUCAAAAUCUUACUCACCUGCAAAAAUUGGACUUGUCAAAUAACAAUUUGACUGGAGAAAUACCUGAAUUUUUAGCUGACAUAAAAUCACUCUUGGUCUUAGACUUAAGUGGUAAUAAUUUCACUGGUUCGGUUCCUCCCUCGCUUAUUCAGAAGAAAGGAAUGAAGCUAAAUGUGGAAGGAAACCCUCAUCUUCUUUGCACAGCUGAUUCAUGUGUUAACAAAGGAGAUGGUGGACAUAAGAAAAAGAGUAUAAUAGUGCCGAUUAUCGCAUCAAUUGCUUCAAUAGCUGUUCUUAUAGGUGCACUGGCUCUGUUUUUCAUUCUCCGAAAGAAAAAGCCAUCAAAAGUUGAAGUGCCACCAACAUCAUAUAUGCAAGCAUCAGAUGGUAGAUCACCUAGGUCAUCUGAACCGGCAAUAUUGACGAAGAAUAGAAGGUUUACUUAUUCAGAAGUUGUGACAAUGACAAAUAAUUUCCAAAGAGUUCUUGGGAAAGGAGGGUUUGGAAUCGUUUAUCAUGGUUUUGUGAACGGUACCGAACAAGUAGCUGUUAAGAUGCUCUCACAUUCAUCAUCUCAAGGAUACAAACAAUUCAAAGCCGAGGUGGAACUUCUUCUUAGAGUUCAUCACAAAAACUUGGUCGGUCUUGUUGGCUAUUGCGACGAAGGAGAGAACUUGGCUCUUAUCUAUGAAUACAUGGCCAAUGGAGAUUUAAAGGAACAUAUGUCAGGAACACGUAAUCGCUUUAUCUUGAAUUGGGGAACAAGAUUAAAAAUAGUCCUUGAAUCUGCACAAGGACUUGAGUAUUUGCAUAAUGGAUGCAAACCACCAAUGGUUCAUAGAGACGUCAAAACAACAAAUAUAUUGUUGAAUGAACACUUUCAAGCCAAACUUGCCGAUUUCGGACUUUCGAGAUCAUUCCCGAUCGAAGGAGAAACUCAUGUGUCAACAGUUGUUGCUGGAACUCCUGGAUAUCUCGAUCCCGAAUACUACAGAACAAAUUGGUUGACCGAGAAGAGUGAUGUUUAUAGUUUCGGAAUUGUAUUGUUAGAGAUCAUCACAAACCAACCUGUGAUAAACCAAAACCGUGAAAAGCCACAUAUAGGAGAAUGGGUUGGGGUAAUGCUUACAAAAGGAGACAUCAAAAACAUUAUGGAUCCAACUCUAAAUGAAGAUUAUGAUUCUGGUUCUGUUUGGAAAGCUGUUGAACUAGCAAUGGGUUGUCUAAAUCCUUCUUCGGCAAAAAGACCGACCAUGUCUCAAGUCGUUAUUGAAUUAAACGAGUGUUUGGCAUCUGAAAAUUCAAGGGGAGGAGCGAGUCGAGACAUGGACUCAAAGAGUUCUAUUGAAGUGAGCUUGACCUUUGGUACUGAAGUGAGCCCAACGGCUCGGUAG